AGUAAAACAAAAAGAAACUUAAAAAGGUAAAAUAAGAAGAAAAAAGUAAAUAAAAAAAGAUGAUAAUGAUGAAAAAGAAGAAAAAAGCAGCAAAACAUGAAGAAGAAGAAGAUAAAGAGUUUUGAAUUAUGCAGAACUUAUCAGAAUAAAAAUACACUAAAAUUUUUUAACAAUAACAUAUAAAAUUUUCAGUUUUUACACGGAAAUUUUGCUACAAACCUCAAUAACUCAUAAAUGUAUCAAAAUUACUUAAUAAUUACGACACACAAACUCAGUUUGAAAAUAACACACAAAAAUGAUUGAAUUAUAAAAAAAACACAUCCAAAUCAAUUUUGGAUUAAAUAACGUUAUGAUAAAAAUUCUACGAUAAUGAUAAUAAUAUCGACGAUAUGUAUAAAAAGAAGAUGAUAAUGACUAUAACGAUGAUGAUCAUGAUGAAAGAGAAAGAAAAGAAAAAAAACAAAUUUAAAAAAAAAAUAAAAAAAAAAAGAGGAAGUGAUGAUAUUGGUGAGGAUGAUAACAAAAAAAAAAUAAUAUAAAAAAAACGAAGUAUCAAAGAUAAAGAAAAAGAAAACCGUGCAACAAAAACGCAAAAAAAAAAAUGUGUACAUACAAAUGUAAUAAUUUAAAUAGACUUAUUUGAUUAAAUGAUUUAUAUGAAAAAAUUAAUUUUAAUCAUAAAUAAAUAAAACCGUGACCUUAAAUACAUAUUAUUCUUCGUAUUUUCAAUAUAUCUAAUAUCAUGCCUUAUUCUGUCAUUCCUUCUUAACUCACGUAGACUAAAUAUUAACUAAUAACCAUAGACAAUAACUCCAUAAUUACAUAGAUCUAGAUAUGAAAAAUGAAUAAUAAUAAUAAUAAUAAUAAUAAUAAUAAUAAUAAUAAUAAUAAUUGAAAUAAGAAAUAUAAUAAGCAAUAGUAAAUUGGACUAAAAAAUUUAAAUAUAGAAGUUGAAUAAAUGUUAUGUCUUAAUAUAGUAAUUUUUGAUUUUUUUAAAAUUAUGAGAAGUAUACAAAUUGAAUUCUUCGAUUUAUGUUUAAAAAAUUUUGAAAAUUUAAAAUACAAUUCAAUUUAUAUUUAAAAAAUUAAAAAAAUUUAGGAUACGAUCCCAAUAUAAAAAUUGGACAAUCCAAAUUUAUACUUCGUAAAUUAAUUUAUUUCAUAUUUUAAAAAAAUAUUACAAUAAAUCAUAAUUUAAAAAAUAUUAUUAUUAAUCUAAUAUUAAAAAUAAAAAAGUAUAGCAAAUUACGAACCAAGUUGUUGGGUAAAACAAAGACCCGUGGCUGCGCCACAUUAAUUGCACUGUGCCACACGAAAAGUAGCGCCACACGAAAAAUAUUAAAAAAAAACAAAUAAAACAGAAUUUAAAAAAAAAAUAGGAAUCUCACCUCACAAUUUUAUAGGCGAGUACAGAGAAAUUAUAUUAUUUAAAAAAUAACAUAUAAUUUAUAUAAAAUGAGAGGAUGAUAUUUUUAUUUAUAAAAUAAAUAUUUUUUUAAGAUUAUUAAAAGUUGCUCCUUUAAUUCAAUCUAAAAUAGAGAAAAUUGAGUGUAUUUAACCUCUUUUAUAUCUAAAAUAUGAUAGUUAUAUUUUUUUUUGGCUCAAUUUUUUUGUUAUGGAACUAAGCAGCGUGAUGUACUUCGAUAUGGAACUAGAGCGUGUUAGACCAAAGGAUGGGACAGUUUUAUGUCAAUGGCAGGGGUAAAAAUCGCAUGGUCCGAGUUAUUUACUUUGGAAAAAUAUGUAAAGAACUCGGAGGGUCCGAUUUUGCAAUUGCUGGAAUUUGAAUUUCUCAACUUGCAAAUCGGACCAUGGGUAUUGUAUAUAUAUGAAUUUUUAUAUAAGGAAUAAAAUGAAGUCGGACCAUGGAUAUUGUAAGUAUAUAAAUUUUAUAUAAAGAAUAAAAUGAAUUUGCAUGGUCCGAUUUGUGUACUCCAAUUUUUUUUAAUUUUUUCAACAUAAAUCGGACAGUCCGAUUUCUGUAAUUCUUAGAAAUCGGACGGUCCGAUUUGUACUCCGUACAUUAAAUCAUUUCACAUUUAAAAAAAAAAUAACACAAUAGAUCACAAUUUAAAAAAACACCAUUGUUAAUCCAAUAUUAAAAAUAAAAGAGUGUAAUAAUAUUCUAACUUCUCACAACAAUAAUAAAAAUAAUUAACUUCCUAAUAAUAAUAAUAAUAAUAAUUUUAAUUAUAAAAUAUUAAAAUAAUUUUUAAAAAAAUUACAUAUUGAGAUAAUGUAUAAUAUAAAAUUCAGGACGAUCUAUAUCUCUACAUUUUUUUUCUUUGGCAUUUUGAAAUUAUUUUCACCAUGCAAAGUAAGAUCCGAAGGAGUAACAAAGAAGAAGAAGCAGCCGUGGCCCCUUUUUCAAGGGAAUGGAGUGAAUGUGAAAACGGAUAUUGAGUAUGGGUUAACAUUGAAAAAAAAGUGCACCGUUGAAGAAGUCACCUGCGGGCGACACGUGGAUGGAGAGGCACUAAUCGCACGGUCCGUUUUCUAUACACAACUCGGACCGUCCGAGAAAGCACACCAAAUACACAGGGUCCGAUUUCUACUUUUCCUGACACCACACACAGUGACGCGCAAGUUUCCCGUGUGGUUCUUGUUUUCUUUGUUGAAUAACAAUGGAGAGAUUGAACAGUGGCGUGGGUUCUUCUUCGAUUAGGAGGCGCUCACUCAGCAUAUCCAGCCACGUCAGCCACCGCACGGAAAACGACGAUGACGCCGAGAGCGAGAGCGUUUCAGAAGCCGGUGACAUUGGAGAUCGCGCACUUCCGAGCAGAAGGUUCAGCGGUACCAACAGCUUCAGGUUCUCCUUCGAUGAAACAAAAUCAGAUGAGAAUGGCGGUACUGCUGCUGACGUGGAACAACUGCAACCGCCAAGAGCCUCUUCUGCUAUUAGGCCUUUGCCACCUCAGCUCGUAGCUUCUCCUCUUUCCACCACGGAUGCAGUUUUGCCUUCUGAAGAACCAAAGAAAGAAACUCGUAAAGGUUUGCCAGAGUUUCUGGACUAUGCUUCAUGUAUGAUUCAUAUGGCUGUUUUCGGAAUUCUAGGGGUCUUAACAAGAUAUUUACUGCAGAAGCUAUUUGGCCCUGGGGAAGCCAAUUUAACAAGCAACAAAACUGUUCUUUACCUUGAUCUUCCUGCUAAUAUGAUUGGUUCAUUUUUGAUGGGAUGGUUUGGUGUUGUAUUCAAAGCCGACAUAUCUCAAGUUUCAGAACAUCUAGCUAUAGCAAUAACAACUGGUUACCUAGGAAGCCUUACAACUUUCAGCGGUUGGAAUCAGAAAAUGCUUCAACUCAGUGUCUCGGGACAUUGGCUCUUCGCCAUACUUGGUUUUUUAUUUGGCUUAUUUCUUGUUGGAUAUUCCAUCAUAGUUGGAAUUGAAACUGCCAAGGGAUUCAAGUGGCUUCUAAAUAAGCUGAAUAUGUGUUCAGGAAGUGGUGAUAACUCUGAGAUCAACUGCAGAGUAGAUAGCCCCCAACGUCAGUUGGCAGCUAUGACGAUGUUCUUGGUGAUUUUAGGAAUAUUAUGGGGUGUGAGUGGUGCAUUGGUGAAGGCUAAGUUCAAGAAUGGUGGAAGUGGUGCCGAGUUAUGGUUCGCUUGCAUGGUUGGACCUGUAGGCGUGUGGAUUCGAUGGUUCUUAGCUCGACUAAAUGGUCGUGGAUUAGGAAGGGCAGGGUUGUUUAAAUGGAUGCCAUUUGGAACUCUCAUUGCCAAUGUAUCAGCUGCUUGUGUAAUGGCUGCACUUUCCACCGUAAAGGAAGCAGUCAAUACCAAAGAUUGUGACACUAUUGUAAUCGGAACACAGUUAGGUCUCUUGGGGUGUUUGAGUACUGUCUCAACUUUUGCAGCUGAGUUCAAUGCAAUGAGAGAAAGCAAUCAUCCUUGGAGAGCCUAUGUGUAUGCCGUUAUCACAAUGUGUGCCUCAUUUGUCCUUGGAAUCUUGAUCUACUGUGUACCUGUUUGGGCAACGGGAUAUGACACUAGCACGUAACAAUUGGGGCAUAGCAGAAGGCAAUAUCUACUUUUGAUCUUUGGACAGUGUGUUUGUUGGUGGAAAAGUCCAAGUUUUACCACAAGAUCCUUCUUAAUUUAGAAGCAGUGAAAUUUUUCUACAAGGAAGGACUCCAAUAUGGAGAAGCAGAGUGAUGCAAUUUACCACUUUUCGUUGAGGCUCAAUAAUUUCUAAAGAACUUUAUUCUGAUAGGAGUUUGAUUAAUGUUUGAUCAGCUCUCAAAUGUUUAAUUAAUUUAGAUGAGCUAUAUCAUGAGGAGAAAAAAGAUGACAAGGGUACAUAUAUCAUUUUUCCAAAGGAAAUUAUGGUCUAUGGCUAAAUGAGUCUCCAAGGUCUAACAGUUGCUGCCACUGCCAGAGAUGAUAAGUUUAUCAUUAGAAAGAAAAAGAUGCUAUUGGAAAAGAGGAAAAGAGGAAAAGGGUGACAAGAAAUUGAAGCAUAUGUUGACAAACUUGCCAAUCAGUGAUGCUUUUAGAGCUAGAGUUACAAAACCUUGGCCUUGCUUAUGUUCAUAAGUGUACUUCUAAUUAAAGUAAUAGACAGUAAUAAAAGCAACAAUCCUUUUAUACCGUUGAUUGCUUUCUAAAUCAAAUAUAUGGAUUUGCAUAUGAUG